AGGGCCAUUUUUGGAAGGCUGCUCCUGUAAGGCUGCAGCCUUAUCAAAAUACACAGGACCCGUGUUAUUUGAUGUCUCUGACUAAAGGAAAAUAGUGAUGCAGAAAACUCUUCCUGUUUUACUAACAGGAAGGAAGGUGGAGCAUCGCUAGAAAGACUGGUUUGAGCGUCAUUUUUUAGAAUUGCAGUGCUGACUAUUUUCUAUCGGUCUGAAGUCCCUUUUUCCUCCCCAACAACUGACUCAAAUAGAGUGUGCAGGUAUGACUUCUGAAAGCAACCUACGGUCUGAGGACCUGUUCCUGUGCUCCAUCUGUCUGAAUACUUUAACUGAUCCAAUCACAACACCAUGUGGACACAACUUCUGCAAAGCCUGCAUCACUCAGCACUGGGAUGGAAAUGUUCUCUACAAUUGCCCUUUGUGUAAAGAACAUUUCAACUCUAGACCUCAGCUGAAGGUCAACACCUUGUUGUCUGAGAUGGUUGCUAAGUUCAGACGUGAGGCUCAGCAGGAAGCCAUUAGCAGCAGCAGCUCAGAGCAACAAGCUGCCAAACCAGGAGAAGUUCCCUGUGACGUCUGCACUGGAACCAAACUGAAGGCCCUGAAGUCCUGCCUGGUGUGUCUCCUCUCCUACUGUCAGACUCACCUGGAGCCUCAUCUGACAGCUCCACGUCUGAAGAAACAUCAGCUGAUGGAGCCUGUGGAGAACCUGGAGGACAGAAUGUGUCCACAACAUGAUAAACCUCUGGAGCUGUUCUGUAGGACCGACCAGACAUGUGUCUGUUUGAUAUGUCCUGUUUCAGACCAUAAGAACCAUGAGCUUGUUCCUCUGAGAGAGGAAUCCAAAAGAAAGAACACAGAACUGAGGAAGAUAGAAGUUGAAGUUCAGAGGAUGAUCCAGAACAGACGAGUGAAGAUUCAGGAGAUAAAAAGGUCGAUGAAGAUCAGUAAAGAUGCUGCAGACAGAGAGAAAGCAGAAGGUGUUGAGGUCUUCACUGCUCUGAAGGAGUCUGCUGAGAGAGGCCUGAAGGAGCUCAUCAAGGAGAUCGAAGACAAACAGAAAACUGCAGAGAAACAGGCUGAAGACUUCAUCAAAGAUCUGGAACAGGAAAUCUCUGAGCUGAUGAAGAGGAGCUCUGAGGUAAAGCAGCUCACCCAGUGUGAAGACCACCUCCACCUCCUCCAAAACUUCUCCUCCCUGAAAGCUGCUCCACCCACCAAGAACUGGACAGAGGUCAGAGUCCGUCCACCAUCAUAUGAGGGGACUGUGGUGAGAGCUGUGGCUCUGCUGGAGGAGAAGAUCAGGGAGGACAUGAAGAAGAUGAGGCAGGCUGAGAUGAAGAGGGUCCAGCAGUCUGCAGUGGAUGUGACUCUGGAUCCUGAUACAGCUCAUCCUGAACUAAUCUUGUCUGACGAUGGAAAACAGGUGAAACAUAGUGAAUUAAGGAAGAAAUUACCAGACAACCCAAAGAGAUUUUCUUAUAAUGGUUGCAUUUUAGGACAUCAGGGUUUCUCUUCAGGCAGAUUUUACUUUGAGGUUCAGGUUAAAGGAAAGACUGACUGGGAUUUAGGAGUGGCCAGAGAGUCCAUCGACAGGAAGGGAAAGAUCAUAGAAAGUCCUCAGAAUGGUUACUGGACUAUUUGGUUGAGAAACAGAAGUGAGUACAAAGCUGGUGCUGUUCCCCCAGUCCGUCUCCAUCUCCAUCCUGGUCCUGAGAAGGUGGGGGUGUUUGUGGAUUAUGAGGAGGGUCUGGUCUCCUUCUAUGAUGUAGAUGCUGCAGCUCUGAUCUACUCCUUUACUGGCUUUCUCUUUAAAGAGAAACUCUACCCAUACUUCUGUCCCUGUCCUAAUUAUGGAGGUAAAAACUCUGCUCCUCUGAUCAUCUAUCCGGUUCAUCGGGCUGAUUGAUCUGAGGAAGCUUGAUGAAGAAUGGUAAAGAUCCUUCAAUCUAAGUGGGUUUGAAGGUGAAUUCCUGCUGAUGGAGAGGUGAGCUUAGAAACAUCCUUAGGAGGUCAACAGUUAAGGUAAAGACGGAUCAUUAACACUAGCUCCUCCUGCCUAUCUUAUGCAGGACUGGUUCAUUUUCCAUGAAAUUUAAAGGCCUGCAUGCAAACAUUUCCACCUGUGUAACUGAUCAUAUUUACCUUAUGGGCAAUAUAAUAAUGCCUAUUUCUUUACAUUUACUUCUGGUUCAUGGUGGUUAAUGCUGUUUUUCCUUAACUUUUAAACAGAAAUGUAAAUGUAAUGUAAUGAUAUUUGAAUAGAAU